UGACAGUCAACCUGGCCAGGCCCUUCCCAGGGGACUCUCUGCCUGUCCUCCCUGGGCUCACUGCUGACUGUGUGCCCUCCAGAUCCUCCUGUGGCUGUUCACAGUGAGGGGGUGUGGGCAGCUCAGCCAGUUAGGAGGAAGUCACCUGGCAACAGGGUCUCUAAUCCUUUCCUGCUCAUCAGGGUUUUUUGGCAGGGGAGGGGAGGAGGCAUCGCAGGACAGGUGCAGGCAGCUACAGGUGGGACAGGCCUCUGUUGUGGGCACUUCCCGGGGCGAGGAGGGCUGAGCUGCACCCGGCAGGAUGUGUGGCCCAACAGCUUUGGAAGAUGAGUCACCCGGAGGAGGAAGUGGGGGGACAAAAGGGGACACGAAGGGCCAAGGGCUCAGAGGAGAGCCUGCUGGGAGAUGGGUCACCUUGGGUGCACUCCCGCCAGGGGCCAGGCCCCGUCCAGGUGUGGAGAGUUGAGUGGCAGAGAUGUAAGCAGACUGGAGUUUCAGACUCCAGGAAGCAGAGGUGUGUGGGGGACGGGAACUGGUCACCAGGAAGCAGCUGGAGUGGGCAGGGGGGAACAGGCAGGUCUGUGUGGAGAGUUACAGCAUGGCCCCCAGGGUAGGGAGGACCCUGGUGCACAGAGAGGAGGGCCAGCCUGGCUGCUGGUGUGCUGUUUUGGGACAGGUUCUCAACUGGACCUGAGUUGGGGCGUAGGGCUAGAGCUGGGGGGACAGGAAGGAGAUAUGCUCACCCGUUAGAAAAGCCCGUCGAGGGGUGCACUAGACUCCAGGUGCCCAGAAAGGGGUAAAUCUGAUUUUCUGCACCACUGUGCCUUCUGGUAGUUCUACCUGCGCGUGGAGGUCGGGGGUGGAGAUAAGGCCGGGAGGUGUCCACCCUGGGUUAGACUGGGUUCUUCAGGGACACUGAUUGGGAAGCCGCGGAGGACUCGGACAGCACCUGCGGCUCAUCCCCACUAUGACCUUCCCCCAACCUGCUCUCAGGUCCGUCCCGCCGCCCCCGCCCCCCCACCAUGGAUCACUCAUUCAGCGGGGCGCCCCGAUUCCUGACCCGGCCUAAGGCCUUCGUGGUGUCGGUGGGGAAGGACGCCACGCUGAGCUGCCAGAUCGUGGGCAACCCUACGCCGCAGGUGAGCUGGGAGAAGGACCAGCAGCCGGUGGAGGCGGGCUCUCGCUUCCGGCUGGCCCAGGACGGCGACCUGUACCGCCUCACCAUCCUGGACCUGGCCCUGGGCGACAGCGGGCAGUACGUGUGCCGCGCGCGCAAUGCCAUCGGCGAGGCCUUCGCGGCCGUGGGCCUGCAGGUGGACGCCGAGGCCACUUACGCCGAGCAGGCGCCCCACUUCCUGCUGCGGCCCACGUCCAUCCGCGUGCGCGAGGGCGCCGAGGCCACCUUCCGCUGCCGCGUGCGCGGCUCGCCGCCCAUGGCCGUGAGCUGGGCCAAGGACGGCCGGCGCCUGGGCGCGCCCGACGCCCCCCGGGUGCGCGUGGAGGCCAGCGGCGAGGCCAGCGCGCUGCGCAUCCAGUCCGCGCGGCCGCGCGACGGGGGCACAUACACGGUGCGCGCCGAGAACCCGCUGGGCGUCGCCAGUGCCGACGCCGCGCUCACGGUAGACGCGGACCCAGACGCCGCCCCGCCGGGAGCCUCCACUGCCGGGCUUCUGGCGCACCUGCAGCGGCGUCGGGAGGCGAUGCGCGCCGAGGGCAUCCCUGCCUCGCCACCUGGCUCUGGCACGCGCACCUGUACGGUGACUGAAGGCAAGCACGCGCGCCUCAGUUGCUACGUGACGGGCGAGCCUAAGCCAGAGACGGUGUGGAAGAAGGAUGGCCAGCUGGUGGUGGAGGGCCGGCGACACCUGGUGUACGAGGACGCUCAGGAGAACUUCGUGCUCAAGAUCCUCUUCUGCAAGCAGUCGGACCGGGGCCUCUACACCUGCACGGCGUCCAACCUGGUGGGCCAAACCUACAGCUCCGUGCUGGUCGUCGUACGAGAGCCCGCCGUGCCCUUCAAGAGGCGACUUCAGGACCUGGAGGUGCGGGAGAAGGAGUCGGCCACGUUCCAGUGCGAGGUGCAGCUGCCGUCCACGGAGGCUGCGUGGUACAAGGAGGACACGCGUCUGUGGGCCAGCGCCAAGUACGGCAUCGAGGAGGCGGGCACUGAGCGCAGGCUCACGGUGCGCAACGUCUCGGCCGACGACGACGCCGUCUACAUCUGCGAGACCACGGAGGGCAGCCGCACCGUGGCAGAGCUCGCGGUGCAAGGAAACCUCAUUCGGAAGCUCCCGAGGAAGACCGCGGUCCGCGUGGGUGACACGGCCAUGUUUUGUGUGGAGCUGGCCAGGCCCGAGGGCCCUGUCCACUGGCUGAGGAACCAGGAGGAGAUGGUGGCCGGGGGCCGCGUGGCCAUCACCACAGAAGGCAUGUGCCACACGCUGACCAUCUCCCAGUGCAGCCUGGAGGACAUGGGCGAGGUGACCUUCACUGCUGGUGACUGCCGGACGUCCACCCAGUUCUUCGUGUCUGCCCCUAGGAGGCCGCCCCUGCAUGCCCCUGAGGCCCCUGUGGUAAAGGGAAGGACAGAGUGCUCCGUCACCCUUGCCUGGUCCCCACCACCCCAUGGGGACCGCCCUGUCCCCAUCAACGGUUAUCUGGUGGAAAAGAAGCGGCUUGGUGCCUAUACCUGGAGCCGGUGCCACGAGGCGGAGUUGGUGGCUGAACGUGAGCUGACUGUGGCCAGCGUGGCUGAGGAGGGGGACUUCCAGUUCCGGGUAUCAGCUGUGAACAGCUUUGGCCAGAGCCCCUACCUGGAGUUUCCAGGGACUGUCCACCUGGCCCCCCAGCUGGCUGUGAAGACUCCUCUGAAGGCGGUGGAGGCGGUGGAGGGUGGCGAGGUGACCUUCUCGGUGGACCUCACUCUGGCCUCUGCUGGAGAGUGGUUCCUGGAUGGCCAGGCCCUAAAGGCCAGCAGUGUGUAUGUGAUCCGUCACGACGGCACGCAGCAUGCCCUCACCAUCCGCUCCGUGUCCGCCAGCCUGCAUGGCGCUGAGCUCAAGUUCGUGGCCAACGGAAUUGAGAACAGCAUCCGUAUGGAGGUCCGAGCCCCAGGGCUGGCCGCCAAGCGUCCAGUGGCAGCUGUGAGGGAAGUGCUGGCCCGGCUGCAUGAGGAGGCGCAGCUCUUGGCAGAGCUCUCAGACCAGGCUGCGGCGGUGACAUGGCUGAAGGACGGCCACGUGCUGCCCCUGGGCCCCAAAUACGAGGUCCAGGCGAGUGCCGGACAGUGGGCACUGCUGGUGCGGGAUGUGGUGCGAGACGAUGCUGGCCUGUACGAGUGUGUCAGCCGUGGGGGCCGCAUCGCCUACCAGCUGUUGGUGCAAGGGCUCACUCCCUUUCUGCACAAGGACACAGCUGGUGGCUUGGUGGAUGCCGUGGCCGGGGGCCCAGCCCACUUUGAAUGUGAGACUUCUGAGGCCCAGGUUUGUGUGCGCUGGUACAAGGAUGGCACGGAGCUCAGCCGCUCCAGCCAGCGCUUCCUGCAGGAGGACGUGGGAACGUGGCACCGGCUGGUGGCAGCCUCGGUCACCAAGCAGGAUGAGGGCACCUACUCAUGCCGUGUGGGCGAGGACUCCGUGGACUUCCAGCUGCGUGUCAGUGAGCCCUCAGCCGUGUUUGCCAAGGGGCAGCCGGCACGCAGUGAGGUGCAGGCCAAGGUGGGGACCAGCGCCAUGCUGAGCUGCGAGGUGGCCCAGGACAAGACGGAGGUGACGUGGUACAAGGGCGGGAAGAAGCUGAGUGCCAGCUCCAAAGUGCGCAUGGAGGCCACGGGCUGCAGCAGGAGGCUGGUGGUGCAGCAGGCGGGGAAGGUGGACGCCGGGGAGUACAGCUGCGAGGCCAGGGGAGAGAAGGUCUCCUUCUGCCUGGACAUGACAGAACCUGUAUUGGUGUUUGCCAAGGGACAGACAACACACAGUGAGGUACAGACCAAGGCGGGGGCCAGUGCCACACUGAGCUGUGAGGUGGCCCAGGACAAGACAGAGGUGACGUGGUACAAGGACGGGAAGAAGCUGAGUGCAAGCUCCAGAGUGCGUGUGGAGGCCAAGGGCUGCAGCAGGAGGCUGGUGGUGCAGCAGACGGCAAAGGCGGACGCGGGGGAGUACAGCUGUGAGGCUGCGGGGGAGAAGGUCUCCUUCCGCCUGGAUGUCAUUGAGCGCUCGGCCAUGUUUGCUAAGGGGCAGCCAGCAUGCAGUGAGGUGCAGGCCAAGGCAGGGGCCAGUGCCACGCUGAGCUGUGAGGUGGCUCAGGACAAGACGGAGGUGACAUGGUACAAGGAUGGGAAGAAACUGAGUGCCAGCUCCAGAGUGCACAUGGAGGCCAAGGGCUGCAGCAGGAAGCUGGUGGUGCAGCAGGCAGGGAAAGUGGAUGCUGGGGAGUACAGCUGUGAGGCCAGGGGCCAGAAGGUGUCUUUCCACCUGGAUGUCACAGAGCCCUCAGCUGUGUUUGCCAAGGAGCAGCCAGCAUGCAGUGAGGUGCAGGCCAAGGCGGGGACCAGUGCCACACUGAGCUGCGAGGUGGCCCAGGACAAGACAGAGGUGACGUGGUACAAGGACGGGAAGAAGCUGAGUGCCAGCUCCAAAGUGUGCAUGGAGGCCAAGGGCUGCAGCAGGCGGCUGGUGGUGCAGCAGGCAGGGAAGGCGGAUGCUGGGGAGUACAGCUGUGAGGCCGGGGGCCAGAAGGUGUCCUUCCACCUGGAUGUCACAGGGUCAAGGCUCACCAUUCGGGCUCCUCUUACCAGAGCUGCCUUCCUGACUUACAAGGUGACUCUGUCCCCAGAGCUUGCAGCUGUGUUUGCCAAGGAGCAGCCGGCAUGCAGUGAGGUUCAGGCCAAGGCAGGGGCCAGUGCCACAUUGAGCUGCGAGGUGGCCCAGGACAAGACGGAGGUGAUGUGGUACAAGGAUGGGAAGAAGCUGAGUGCAAGCUCCAGAGUGCGUGUGGAGGCCAAGGGUUGCAGCAGGAAGCUGGUGGUGCAGCAAGCGGGGAGAGCAGAUGCUGGGGAGUACAGCUGCGAGGCCAGGGGAGAGAAGGUGUCCUUCUGCCUGGACGUUACAAGUCAGUACUUGGGGGUAAUACUCUACAAUGUUGGGGAGAAAGGAGCAGGGGGGCGGGGCUGGCGGGACCUGGUGGCCGGGAGGUUUCCCAGCCCUGCCUCCAGGCCGGCGCGCUCACCGCAUACCCCGGACCCCGCAGGCUGGCGCCUGGAGGUACUGGAGUCCCCGCAGGACGCGGCCGUGCGAGCCGGUGGGCAGGUCCGCUUCAGCUGCACGCUCAGUGAGGCGGUGCCGGUGGGCGAGGCGACGUGGUACAUCAACGGGGCCGCCGUGCAGCCGGACGACUGCAACUGGACGGUCACCGCCGACGGCAGCCACCACACCCUGCAGCUGCGCAGUGCCCAGCCACAGCACGCUGGCGAGGUCACCUUCGCCGCCCGCGACGCUGUGGCCUCCGCGCGGCUCACCGUACUAGGCCUCCCAGACCCUCCAGAGGACGCAGAGGUGGUGGCGCGCAGCGGCCGUUCAGUAACGCUGUCCUGGGUGGCGCCUGCAAGCGACGGUGGCGGCGGUCUCUGCGGCUAUAGGGUGGAGAUGAAGGCGGCGGCCACAGGCGAGUGGCGGCUGUGCCAUGAGCUGGUGCCUGGGCCUGAGUGCGUGGUGGACGGCCUGGCCCCCGGGGAGACCUACCGCUUCCGCGUGGCAGCAGUGGGCCCAGCGGGGGCUGGGGAGCCCGUGCACCUGCCGCAGACAGUGAAGCUCGAGCCCCUGGAGCCGGUGCCUGCAGCCAGCGCCCCCGUGCCUGCGGUCCCCACCCCCGUGUCUUCAGUCCCCGUGCCUGUGGCCCCGGUUCCUGCGCACCCAGCUCCCACACCUCCCCCUCCCGAGAGCCGGCAGGUGGCUGCCGGCGAGGACGUGUGUCUGGAGUGCGAGGUGGCCGAGGCAGGCGAGGUGGUGUGGCUGAAGGGGGCGGAGGUCAUCCAACCCAGCGGGCGCUUCCAGGUUCUCUGCCAGGGUCAGCGGCGGAUGCUGGUGAUCCGGGGCUUCUCAGCGGAGGACCAGGGGGAGUACCACUGUGGCCUCACCAGAGACCCGGCCUCCUCUGCAGCUGCCUCCUUCCAGGUGGUGCUGACCACGGGAUCUGACGACAAGACCCCUGCACAGCCCAGCCUGCCCCCCGAGGCAGCCCAGGAGGGUGACCUGCACCUGCUGUGGGAGGCCCUGGCCCGGAAGCGUCGCAUGAGCCGUGAACCCACGCUGGACUCCAUCAGUGAGCUGCCCGAGGAGGAUGGUCGUUCACCACGCCCGCGGCAGGAGGUAGAAGAAGCGGCCCCAGACCUCUCUGAGGACUACUCCACAGCAGACGAGCUGGCACGCACUGGCGAAGCCGACCUCUCGCAUACCAGCUCUGACGAUGAGUCCCGGGCAGGCACUCCCUCCCUGGUUACCUACCUCAAGAAGGCUGGGAAGCCCAGCACCUCACCACUGGCCAGCAAGCUUGGGAUCCCUGCAGUUGGGAAGCCACCGAAGCAUCAGGAACAGCUACCUGCAGCUCACCCACCCCUGGGAAACCUGAGGGCUGAAGACCUGGGCGACCUGUCCAUGGACAAGGCAGCGGUGAAGAUCCAGGCUGCCUUCAAAGGCUACAAGGUUCGCAAAGAGAUGAAGCAGCAGGAAGGACCCGUGUUCUCCCGCACGUUUGGGGACACUGAGGCACAGGUGGGGGAUGUCCUGCGUCUGGAGUGUGUGGUGUCCAGCAAGGCGGAUGUGCGUGCUCGCUGGCUGAAGGACGGCGUGGAGCUGACUGACGGCCGGCACCACCACAUCGACCAGCUUGGGGACGGCACUUGCUGUCUGCUGGUGACGGGCCUGGGCCGUGCAGACGCUGGCCGCUACACCUGCCAGGUGAGCAGCAAGUUCGGCCACGUGGCCCACAGCGCCUGUGUGGUAGUCAGCGGGACGGAGAGCGAGGCGGAGAGCUCCUCUGGGGGCGAGCUGGAUGACGCCUUCCGCCGAGCAGCCCGGCGGCUGCACCGCCUGUUCCGCACCAAGGGCCCGGCCGAAGUAUCGGACGAAGAGAUCUUCCUGAGCGCAGACGAGGGCCCGGCGGAGCCGGAGGAGCCGGGGGACUGGCGGACGUACCGCGAAGAAGAGCACUUUGUCUACAUUCGCUUCGAGGCGCUUGCCGAGGCCCACCGUGCGGCCACCUGCUUCCGGGAGAUGUUUGGCACCAUGGGCAUCGGCGUGGACAUCAGCCUGUCAGAGCAGGGGCCCCGGGGGGUGGAGAUGCGCAUCAGCAAGGUGGCUCCUGCCCCCGCAGCAGCUCAGGAGGUGGUGCCCCGGCCGCUGACCACAGACGCCGCCCCAGUGUUCCUGACUGAGCUGCAGAAUCAGGAGGUGCAGGACGGGUACCCCGUGAGCUUCGACUGUGUGGUGACAGGCCAGCCGGUGCCCACCGUGUGCUGGUUCAAGGAUGGCAGGAUGCUGGAGGAGGAUGACCACUACAUGAUCAGUGAGGACCAACAGGGCGGCCACCAGCUCAUCAUCACUGCAGUGGUACCUGCAGACAUGGGUGUCUACCGCUGCAUGGCUGAGAACAGCAUGGGUGUGUCGUCCACCAAGGCAGAGCUCCGUGUGGACUUGACCAGCACGGACUAUGAAACUGCGGCUGAUGCCACGGAGACCUCCUCCUACUUCAGCGCCCAAGGCUACCUGUCCAGCCGGGAGCAAGAGGGCACGGAGUCUACCUCAGAGGAGGGGCAGCUGCCCCAGGUGGUGGAGGAGAUGAAGGACCUCCAGGUGGCCCCUGGCACGCGCCUGGCCAAGUUCCAGCUCAAAGUGAAAGGCUACCCAGCGCCACGGCUGUACUGGUUCAAAGACGGGCAGCCCCUGACGGCUUCUGCACACAUCCGCAUGGCUGACAGGAAGACGAUUCACACCCUGGAGGUUGUAUCUGUCACCAAGGAGGAUGCCGGCCAGUACUCAGCUUACAUUAGCAACGCCGUGGGUGCCGCCUACUCAUCAGCCCGGCUGCUGGUCCGAGGCCCCAAAGAUCCCGAAGAGAAGCCAGAAUCAGAUGUGUACCAGCAGCUGGUGCCGCCCCGAUUCCUGGAAAGAUUCACCUCCAAGAAAGUGAAGAAAGGCUCCAGCAUCACCUUUUCAGUGAAGGUGGAAGGGUGCCCGGCCCCAGCCGUGCACUGGCUGCGGGAGGAGGCUGAGCGAGGCGUGCUGUGGAUUGGCCGUGACACGCCAGGCUACACGGUGGCCAGCUCUGCACAGCAGCACAGUCUGGUCCUGCUGGAUGUGGGCAGACAGCACCAGGGCACAUACACCUGCAUCGCCAGCAACAGUGCUGGCCAGGCCCUCUGCUCCGCUAGCCUGCACAUCUCUGGCCUGCCCAAGGAGGCAGGGGCAGCAGAGGAGCAUGCUGGGGUGAAGGAGGCCCUCAUCUCCACCUUCCUGCAGGGGACCCAAGCCGUCUCCACGCAGAUGUCAGAACCUGCAGGUUUCACUGAUCUUGCUGGGCAGAGGAAAGGAGAGCCGAUGGCGGUGGAGGCCCGUAGCCACUUGUCCUUGGCCGAGGUGGGCACAGAGGAGUUCCUGCAGAAGCUCACCUCCCAGAUCACAGAGAUAGUGUCGGCCAAGAUCACGCAGGCCAAGCUGCAGGUGCCUGGAGGUGACAGCGAUGAGGAAUCUAAGACACCGUCUGCAUCCCCCUGGCAUGGCCGUUCCCGCCCCUCCUCCAGCGUCCAGGAGUCAUCCUCGGAGUCGGAGGAUGGGGACUCCCGUGGCGAGAUCUUCGACAUCUAUGUGGUCACGGCUGACUACCUGCCCCUGGGGGCCGAGCAGGAUGCCAUCUCACUGCGGGAGGGCCAGUAUGUGGAAGUGCUGGACUCCGCCCACCCGCUGCGCUGGCUUGUGCGCACCAAGCCCACCAAGUCCAGCCCCUCACGGCAGGGCUGGGUGUCCCCUGCCUACCUGGACAGGCGGCUCAAGCUGUCACCCGAGUGGGGGCCCACCGAGGCCCCCGAGUUCCCGGGGGAGGCCGUGUCUGAGGAUGAAUACAAGACAAGGCUAAGCUCCAUCAUCCAGGAGCUGCUGAGCUCUGAGCAGGCCUUUGUGGGCAAGCUGCAGUUCCUGCAAAGCCACCACAUGCAGCACCUGGACCACUGCCCCCAUGUACCUGCGGCUGUGGCCUCCCAGAAGGCUGUCAUCUUUCGAAACGUGCAGGACAUCAGCCAUUUCCACAGCAGCUUCCAGAGGGAGCUGCAGCAGUGUGACACGGAUGACGAUGUGGCCAUGUGCUUCAUCAAGAACCAGGCGGCCUUUGAGAAGUACCUGGAGUUCCUGGUAGGCCGCGUACAAGCCGAGUCUGCGGUGGUCAGCACAGCAGUGCAGGAGUUCUACAAGAAAUACACGGAAGACGUGCUGUCAGCCUUAGACCCCUCGCAGCCACCACUGCCGCCCCUGCAGCACUUCCUAGAACAGCCUGUGGAGCGGGUCCAGCAGUACCAGGCCCUGCUCAAGGAGCUGAUCCGCAACAAGGCGAGGAACAGGCAGAACUGCGCGCUGUUGGAGCAGGCGUAUGCCGUGGUGUCGGCCCUGCCGCAGCGCGCUGAGAACCAACUGCACGUGUCGCUCAUGGAGAACUACCCGGGCACCCUGCAGGCCCUGGGCGAGCCCAUCCGCCAGGGCCACUUCAUCGUGUGGGAGGGGGCGCCGGGCGCACGGAUGCCCUGGAAGGGCCACCAUCGGCAUGUCUUCCUGUUCCGCCACCACCUGGUGGUCUGCAAGCCGAGACGGGAUUCCCGCACUGACACCUUCAGCUAUGUCUUCCGGAACAUGAUGAAGCUGAGCAGCAUUGACCUGAAUGACCAGGUGGAGGGUGACGACCGCGCCUUCGAGGUUUGGCACGAGCGAGAGGACUCUGUGCGCAAGUAUCUGCUGCAGGCGCGGACGGUCAUCACCAAGAAUUCCUGGGUGAAGGAGAUCUGCGGCAUCCAGCAACGCCUGGCCCUGCCUGUGUGGCAACCCCCAGAUUUCGAAGAGGAGCUGGCAGACUGCACAGCCGAGCUGGGUGAGACUGUCAAGCUGGCCUGCCGUGUGACAGGCACACCCAAGCCCAUCGUCAGCUGGUACAAAGACGGGAAGCCAGUGGAAGUGGACCCUCACCACAUCCUCAUCGAGGACCCCGAUGGCUCAUGUGCCCUCAUUCUGGACAACCUGACUGGCAUGGACUCCGGCCAGUACAUGUGCUUCGCGGCCAGUGCUGCUGGCAAUGCCAGCACCCUAGGCAAGAUACUGGUGCAAGUACCCCCACGGUUUGUGAAAAAGGUCCGGGCAGUGCCCUUUGUGGAGGGAGAGGACGUUCAGGUCACCUGUACCAUCGAAGGUGCCCCACACCCCCAGAUCAGGUGGUACAAGGAUGGGGCCCUGCUGACACCCAGCGGCAAAUACCGAACCCUGAACGAGCCCCGCAGUGGCCUGCUGGUGUUGGAGAUCUUGGCGGCCAACAAGGAGGACCUGGGCCACUAUGAGUGCGAGUUGGUGAACCGGCUGGGCUCUGCAAGGGGCGGGGCAGAGCUGUGCAUGCAGAGCCCAGCUGUGCGAGCCCGGGAACAACGUCGCAGAGAGCAGCUUGCAGCUGUGGAAGAUGCUGCCGCCCCUCCCCCAGUUGCCCUGGAGCCAGCAGACAAGGAGAUCACGUCUGUUCCAAGGACACUGGUGUGCCCCGAGGCUCCAGGACCCUCCACAGGGGACCACGCUGGCCCCAUCCCUGGCCCUGGGGGGCCACCCAAACUCCAGGAGGCUGGCCCCAAACUCCUAGGCACGGAGGUUGCAGAUGCAUCUGGUGAGGCCCAGUGGCCUCAGGCUGACCACAAAGUGCCACCUGCUCUCAGGGUCCCCCCUGUGCUGGCUUCAACCUUGGCCACCCCAGCUGAGCCUCAGAAGGUGCCAGAGCCUCUCCCCCAGGAGGGCCAGGAGCAGGACUUGGGGGCCCAUGCUGAGGCCCAGGGACGCACAGUGCCCAUCCGGAUGGAGGGUACAGCCUGGCCGGGAGCAGGAGCAGUGGACCUAUGGGACAUCCACAGCCAGGUGUUCAUGGAGACCACGCAUCGGACAUACGUGUACCAGGCCAGCGACACGGGUGCCACAAGGCCCCCAUCCAUGCAGGUCACCAUCGAAGACGUGCAGGCACAGAGGGGCAGCACCGCGCAGUUCCAAGCGGUCAUCGAGGGCAACCCGCAGCCCACAGUGACCUGGUACCGGGAUGAUGCCCAGGUGGUGGACGGUGCCCGGCUCAGCCAGCAGCGGGAAGGGACUACCUACUCCCUGGUGCUAAGGGACGUGACCCAGCAGGACGCAGGCGUCUACACCUGCCUGGCCCAAAACGCUGGUGGCCAGGUGCUGUGUAAAGCGGAGCUGGUGGUCCACGGGGGAGACAGCGAGCCUGACACUGAGAAGCAAAGCUAUCGAAGGAAGCUGCACUCUUUCUAUGAGGUCAAGGAGGAAAUUGGAAGGGGCGUGUUCGGCUUCGUGAAGAGGGUGCAGCACAAGGGAAACCAGAUGUUCUGCGCGGCCAAGUUCAUCCCCCUGCGGAGCAGGACGCGCACCCAGGCAUACCGCGAGAGGGACAUCCUGGCCACGCUCAGCCACCCGCUGGUCACAGGGCUGCUUGACCAGUUUGAGACCCGGAAGACCCUGAUCCUUGUCCUGGAGCUGUGUUCCUCAGAGGAGCUGCUGGACCGACUGUUCAAGAAGAGUGUGGUGACUGAGGCUGAGGUCAAGGUGUACAUCCAGCAGCUGGCAGAAGGGCUGCAUUAUCUGCACGGCCAGAGCAUUCUCCAUUUGGACAUAAAGCCCCCAAAUAUCCUGAUGGUGCAUCCUGCUCGGGAGGACAUUAAAAUCUGCGACUUCGGCUUUGCCCAAAAAAUCACCCCAGCAGAGCCACAAUACAGCAAGUAUGGCUCCCCAGAGUUUGUAUCCCCUGAGAUCAUUGAGCAGACUCCCGUGAGCGAGGCCUCGGACAUCUGGGCCAUGGGGGUCAUCUCCUAUCUCAGCCUGACCUGCUCGUCACCAUUUGCCGGUGAGAGUGACCGAGCCACCCUCCUGAAUGUGCUGGAGGGGCGGGUGUCUUGGAGUAGCCCCAUGGCUGCCCACCUCAGCGAGGAUGCCCAGGAAUUUAUCAAGGCUGCCCUGCAGAGUGCCCCAGAGGCCCGACCCAGCGCAGCCAAGUGCCUGGCCCACCCUUGGUUCCAGAAGUCCGUGCCCGCGGAGGAGGCCCACUUCAUCAACACCAAGCAACUCAAGUUCCUACUAGCCCGCAGCCGCUGGCAGCGCUCCCUGAUGAGCUACAAGUCCAUCCUGGUGAUGCGCUCCAUUCCCGAGCUGCUCCAGGGCCCGCCCGACAGUCCGUCCCUCGGGGUGGCCCGGCACCUGCACGAAGGCGCCAGCGCCGCCUCCAGCAGCUCGUCCUCGUCCUCCGACAACGAGCUGGCACCCUUCGCCCGGGCCAAAUCGCUGCCGCCCUCUCCGGUGACCCACUCCCCGCUGCUGCACCCGCGGGGCUUCUUGCGGCCAUCCGCUAGCCUGCCGGAGGAGGCCGAGGCUUGCGCGUCUGCCGCCGCCGCGCCUCGGCCGGCGUCGCCCCCAGGUGCAGAGGUGCCUGCUACCCCGGGCUGCGUUCCCCGCCAGAGUGUCAUCCGCAGCCUCUUCUACCAGCAGGCAGGCGAGGCCCCGGAGCGCGGAGGCCCCGCCAUGGGCGGCAGGCGGCACCCUGCCCGGCGGAGGCACCUGCUCAAGGGCGGCUACUUCGCAAAGGCCCUGCCCAGCCUGCGGGAGCCGCUGCUGGAGCAUCGCGCGCUGGAGGAAGAGGCCGCCCGGGAGGAGCAGGCCGCUCUGAUGGCCAAAGCGCCCUCCUUCGAGACCGCCCUGCGGCUGCCUGGCUCCAGCGCCGGAGUGGCACCCAGCCGCAGCCGAUCCCUGGAGCUCGACCAGCCACACUCCGCCAGCUCCUCCACUGAGGCCUGUGGCCGGGGGCAGUGCCCUGCCCCAGGCCUCUCAAGCCUCCAGAUAGCCUCAGGGGAGAGCCUGCCAGGAGGGGUCACAUGUGCCCAGGAGAUGCAGCGUCCAGAGGGAUCCCAGCAGGGGCCAAGACUAUUGCCAUCCAUCGGGGGCCUCCCAGGGGCUGCUCAGCAAGAGGGGUCAUCCCAGGACAGCUGUAGGGAACAGCCCGCCCCUUCCUUCCAUCCCCAGUGGGGUCCCGCUCCCCUGCAAGGCUGUCACCCCCUUAAGGCUGUUACACCACAACUUUCUGGCUCCUUCCCUUCAGAGCAGUGCACGGGGCCCCUCUGGGCAUCCUCCAGCCCCUUCCUCUCAGGGGAGACCCAGGCUCCCCUCUCCCCAGCCCAAGAAAGCUGCCAGCCAGGCUCUAUGGAGGGUCCAAAGGACACUUGUCUCCCUGGGAGGCUGAGUCCCCCUAGCUCCUCAGGGCUGGCUUCCCAGGUGGGCACGGGGCCUGGUCCCUCCCAGGAUGCCACCCUGGAGCUGGAGGAUGCAUCAGAACCGGAGCCCAGCCCACAACGCCCUCAGGAGCAGGCCACCAUGCGGAAGUUCUCCCUGGGGCAACAUGGUGGCUACGCAGGAGUGGCGGGUUAUGGCACCUUUGCCUUUGGUGGGGAUGCAGGAGGCAUGUUGGGGCAGGGUCCCCUGUGGGCCAGGAUGGCCUGGGCUACCUCUCAGUCCUCAGAGGAGCAUGAUGACACUGGGGCUCAGAGCCCACCCCCCCAGGCCAGUGCAGCGCCCCUUCCCGAGGGCAGCGGGGCACCCCCAAGGGCCUCCCCAGAGCUGAGCUCGUGGGAAGACUUCGGCAGGGGCUCCCAAGUGUCCCUGGUGCAGAUCCGAGACCUGUCUGGGGACUCAGAAGCAGCGGACACCGUGUCCCUGGACAUCUCAGAGGUGGAGCCUGCCUACCUCAACCUGUCUGACCUGUAUGACAUCAAGUACCUCCCUUUCGAGUUCAUGAUCUUCAGGAAGGUCCCCAAGCCUGUGGAACCAGAGUCACCUUCCUCCCCAGAAUCCGAGGCAGAGGAGGAGCUGGCUGAGUUCCCAGAGGCCGCGUGGCCCUGGCCAGGCGCACUGAGUCCACCAGCCAGCCUGCAGAUCACAGAGGAGCCAGAGGACAUGGAGACCCUGCUCGGGGAGGCCACUGGCAGUAGGAAGCGGAAAUGGUCACCCCCCUCCGGUGGCCUCUUCUACCUCCCCAGGAGACACACGCUGGAGGAGCCCCUGGAGCUGGGACUGCGCAGGAGGGUGAGGGCCUCGGUGGCCCACAUCUCCCGCCUCCUGAAGGGCAGGCCGGAAGGUCUGGAGAAAGAGAGCCCCCCCAGGAAGAAGGCAGGCCUGGCUUCCUUUCGGCUGGGCCUGAAAAGCAAGGACCGAGCGCCAUCCUUUCUAAGGGAGCUCUCAGAUGAAACGGUGGUCUUGGGCCAGUCAGUGACUCUUGCCUGCCAAGUGUCAGCACAGCCAGCUGCACAGGCCACCUGGAGCAAAGAUGGGACUCCCCUGGAGAGUAGCAGCCGCCUCCUUAUCUCCUCCACGCUCAAGAACUUCCACCUCCUGACCAUCCUGGUGGUGAAUGCUGAUGACCUGGGAGUAUACACGUGCAGCGUUCGCAACACACUGGGGACUGCGGCCACCACGGCCGUCCUCCGGAAGGCAGAGCGCCCCUCGUCUUCCCCCCGCCCAGACAUCGGGGAGGUAUAUGCCGAUGGGGUGCUGCUGGUCUGGAAACCCGUGGAGUCAUACGGCCCCGUGACCUACAUUGUGCAGUGCAGCUUGGAAGGUGGCAGCUGGAACACCCUGGCUUCCGACAUCUUCGACUGCUGCUACGGUGCCAGCAAGCUUUCGAGGGGUGGCACAUACAUCUUCCGAACAGCCUGCGUCAGCAAGGCGGGCAUGGGUCCUUACAGCAGCCCCUCAGAGCCAGUCCUCCUGGGAGGGCCCAGCCACCUGGCCUCCGAGGAGGAGAGCAGCGCCUCGAGGCCAGCCCAGCCCCUCCCCAGCACGCAGACGUUCGCCUUCCAGACGCAGAUCCGAAGGGGCCGCUUCAGCGUGGUGCGGCAGUGCCGGGAGAAGGCCAGCGGACGCGCGCUGGCCGCGAAGAUCGUUCCCUAUCGCCCCGAGGACAGGACUGCCGUACUGCGCGAAUACGAGGCUCUCAAGAGCCUGCGCCACCCGCACCUGGCCCAGCUGCAGGCCGCCUACCUCAGCCCCCGGCACCUGGUCCUCAUCUUGGAACUUUGCUCGGGACCCGAGCUGCUCCCCUGCCUGGCGGAGAGGGUCUCCUACUCAGAGUCGGAGGUGAAGGAUUACCUAUGGCAGAUGCUUAGCGCCGCCCAGUACCUGCACGCCCAGCGCAUUCUGCAUCUGGACCUCAGGUCCGAGAACAUGAUCGUCACCGAAUACAACUUACUCAAAGUCGUCGACCUGGGCAACGCCCAGAGCCUCGCCCAGGAGAAGGUCCUGCCCUCCGAGAGGUUCAAGGACUACGUGGAGACCAUGGCUCCCGAGCUCCUGGAGGGCCAGGGUGCCGUCCCACAGACCGACAUCUGGGCUAUAGGCGUGACAGCCUUCAUCAUGCUGAGCGCGGAGUACCCGGUGAACGGUGAAGGGACACGCGACCUGCAGAAAGCCUUGCGCAAGGGGCUCAUCCGUCUGGGUUGCUGCUACGCGGGGCUGUCCGGCGGCGCGGUGGCUUUUCUCCGGAGCACGUUGUGUGCGCACCCCUGGGGCCGGCCGUGCGCGACCAGCUGCCUACAGUGUCCAUGGCUAACCGAGGAGGGCCCUGCGGGCUCCCAGCCCGCGGCUGUCUCCUUCUCCACCGCGCGACUUCGAGCCUUCGUGCGCCAGCGAGAGAAGAAGAGGGCGCUGCUGUACAAGAAGCACAACUUGGCCCAGGUGCACUAAGCACUCGGCCUGGCAGAGAGGGGGUGUGUGUGAUGGGGGGUGGGAGGUCGCCGUUCUGGGCUGCGCCCCUCAGUUUCCGCUCUAGGACUCGCUGUAUAUGAACAGACAGGCCAAUAAAAAAGCAGA